AUGCACUCCGCCCACUGGCGAGAGGACGUUGACCUCACGGGCAAAAAAGUGGUGCUGUUCGGCAACGGCUGCACCGCGUCGCAGUUGAUCCCCGCCAUCGUGGAGCGCACCGCCCACCUCACGCAAAUCGUCCGAACGAAGCACUGGUUCCUGCCCUCCAUGGACAAGGAGGUCGGAGCCCUGCAUCAGUUCCUCCUCGCUCACGUGCCGGGCCUCACGCGGCUGUUCCGCUUCGCCGUCUUCGUUGCCGCCGAGAAGGAUUCUACCUCCUUCUCCAUGACGAAGAGGGCGUCCAAGUAUCGCGCGAAGCGGCAGAAGUUGGCCGAGCAGUACAUGCGCGAGACGGCGCCCGAAAAGUACCACGACCUGCUGAUUCCCAACUUCUUGCUCGGGUGUAAGAGGCGGAUCUACGACGCCGGCUACCUCGCGAGCUUGUACGCGGAAAACCUGACCUUGACCGACGCGAAAGCGGUGGAGAUUGUCCCGGGGGUGUCAAGACUGAGACUGGCGUGA